AUGUUGGAAAAUCACUCUAGUGCCACUGAAUUUUAUCUCCUUGGCUUCCCUGGCUCUGAAGAAAUACACCAUAUUCUUUUUGCUACCUUCUUCUUCUUAUACUCAGUGACAUUAAUGGGAAAUACAGUUAUCAUCAUGAUUGUCUGUGUUGACAAACGUCUGCAUUCCCCCAUGUAUUUCUUUCUUGGUCACCUUUCUGUCCUGGAGAUCCUGGUCACAACCAUUAUUGUCCCCAUUAUGCUCUGGGGAUUGCUGCUUCCUGGGAUGCAGAAAAUAUCUUUUUCUGCAUGUGUUGCCCAACUCUUCCUCUACCUUUCCGUGGGGACCACAGAGUUUGCAAUACUGGGAGCAAUGGCUGUGGACCGUUAUGUGGCUGUGUGCAACCCUUUAAGGUACAUCAUCAUUAUGAACAGCCGCACCUGCAACUUGGUGGUGAUUUUGUCAUGGGUGUUUGGGUUCCUUUUUCAAAUUUGGCCUGUCUACGCCACGUUUCAGGUUACCUACUGCAAAUCAAAUGUGGUGAACAAUUUUUUUUGUGACAGAGGGCAAUUGCUCAAACUCUCCUGUGAUGAUACUCUUUUCAUAGAGUUCAUCCUCUUUUUAAUGGCUGUUUUUGUUCUUUUUGGUUCUUUGAUCCCUAUAAUUGUCUCCUACACCUACAUCAUCUCCACCAUCCUCAAGAUCCCCUCAGUUUCUGGCCGGAGGAAAGCCUUCUCUACUUGUGCCUCCCACUUCACCUGUGUCGUGAUUGGCUAUGGCAGCUGCUUGUUCCUCUAUGUGAAACCCAAGCAAACACAGGCAGCUGAUUACAAUCGGGUAGUUUCCUUGAUGGUUUCAGUUGUGACACCUUUCCUCAACCCUUUCAUCUUCACCCUCCGGAAUGACAAAGUCAUAGAGGCCCUUUGGGAUGGGGCAAUACACUGCUGUCAUCUAUUUAGGAACUAG